AUGUCUACAUUACUUAGUUGGCAAGAAAUAAUCAUUACAAUUCAUAAUCCAUCACUUAAGACUUAUCAAAAACUUCAAGAUAAAUAUUCAACAACUUUGAACUGUCCUUGUUUAAUUAAUACAAUGUCUUAUAAACAGUUUAUAAUCGCUGAAACAACGAUGCAUCAAAUUUGUUCAAGUGAUUUUAUUAGUGAACAAUGGAUUCAUGCUCUUUACAUUCCUGAUGCUAGUCGUUAUAGUGCCAUUGAUUUUCGAACAACGGCAAGUUCACAAUUCGAAGUUUUAAAAACAUUAUGUGUAUUAGCACGUGACAAUAUUUUUGAUGCAUUAUUUAAUUUAAAUGAUACACAAUUGUUCUCCAGUAAUUUAUUACCAGAAAAACAAAUCUGUACUCAAACUAACAUCAGCAGUGACAGAAUUCUACGUGAUACAAGAAUACGUUUCAAUAAUGCAUUGAAAUUAAUCGAAUUAUCAACACAAAGUAAUGUUAUUUCUUCAGCACUGAAUACUAAUAUUGUCUAUUCUGCAAGUCGUUUUGCAACUUUUCAAACUUAUAUGUAUAAAUCAAGUUAUACAGGAUGGUAUUGGACUGAAAAUAAUCAAACAACGAUAUGUGUUUGUCAGAUUAAUACUACAUGUACUGCACCUGCUGGUUUCUAUUCUUUUGCCGAUAAGAACAAUUUUGACCUUCAUACGAAACUGGUACCUCAACAACAUCAUGCCUCCGAUGUAGUACCUGGUUUUGUGGGUUCAUGUACACCGUAUGAAGCUGUUAUUGAAGCAAAGUUUAUUUGUCUUUAUGAUAUAAAAUGUAUUAAGAAAUUAGUUAAUUACUUUCCACGACUUGCUCAAUUAAUUCCUACAAUUAAACUUCUAAAUGCUUCAAUAAAAAGUAAAUAUCUUCGAAACAUAACUGUUAGUCAACUAAUUCAAGAACUUUUUCUUGAACAAUGGAAUAUCUCCAUCGAUUAUAAUCAUUACUAUACUGCAUGUGCUCCAAAAAUGUGUACUUAUUCGUAUAGAAAACAAGCUAAUUUUGCUUAUACGAUUACUAUGUUUAUCAGUGUCUAUAGUGGAUUGCAGACUAUUUUGCGAUUUAUCAUUCCAUUAAUUGUCAAGUACAUUUUAAAAAAACGACCUGAUAUUAUCAACAAUAAUACUAUAAAUGGAACAGAUACAAACAGUGUACAAAGAUCUGUAUUCCUUCUAUUAUUAUUCACAACAAUAAGUGAACAAACAACUAGUGUAACUUAUGAUCAUCCAUCAUAUACUGUUUAUAAACAACUCUAUGUGAAAUAUUCAGACAAACUUAUUUGUUCUUGCUCGAAAAUCACUCCCAACUAUGGAUCAUUUAUUAAUAUAACUCCUAUAUAUCAUCCUGUAUGUUCAAGUGCAUUUGUGAAACCUAUAUGGUUAGAUCAAUUAAGAUUAAUGAAAGGUGUAAUGUUUGCCAUGUCCGAUUGGCGAAUAAUGUCACUUGGCUAUUUCCAAUCCUUAGCUGCAUUAUGUGAAUUAGCUCAUAAUACUGUAAAUAAUGAUUUACAAGCAUUUCGUACACGUACUAUAGUUACAACUCGAUUACUCAAUGAAGAUCUACUACAUGGUGAAAUCAAUAAUACAUUGAAACAAUUAAUUCAUUCUAUGCAAAUUGAAUUCGAACGUGUCAAUAAUAUACUUCGAUUACUUUUUCAAGUUAAUCAAUAUUUUGCAGGAUCAACCUAUAAUGGACAACUUGAGAUAACUUUUCAAUCUGAUGAAGAAAAUCUCAAAAUCAUCCAUAAUUUUUCUCGUCCUGGAAAUAUAUUUCAAGACGCAAAAUGUUUAUGUGCUUUUCAUGUCGGUUGUGGAGAACCAAUGGUAAUUGUUAGUUCUUCAACAACGAUUACCGUACCAGGUUUUGUAUGGCGUUGUUCAGCAAUGGAUUCUAUUCUUUCUUCAACAUUGCAAUGUUUGUAUUCUAAUACAAAUUGUCUUCAAAUUAUUUUACUUCGUUACAUUAAUUAUACAAAUACAGCCGUUCCUGUUCCACCACUUAAUGUUUCUCAAUUAUUUCGAACUUCAAUUAAUUCAACUGUAGCCACACUAGCUGAUAAUCUAUUUGUAGAAGAAUGGAAAACAUCAUUAUCUUAUAUACAAUAUUUUAAUAUGUGUGUUCCAAGUAUCUGUCAAUACACAUUUGUUAGACGUGCAAAUUAUCUAUAUGUCAUAAGAAUGUUUUUAACUUUCUAUGGUGGAUUAACACUUGCAUUAAGUUUAUUAGUUCCAUUAAUAGUGAAACUUAUUUUACGAUGCCGACAUCAAAUAAUAACUAAACAAGAUAAUAACAGAGAACGGAUAGCAAUAAUUAUUCGAUUUCGUACUUUUUAUCAACGUCUAUCUGAAACUUUAAAAACAAAAAUAACUGAUUUUAAUAUAUUUCAAACAUAUUCAUUUGGUCGACAUGUUGAUCAGAUUACAAGAAUACGACUUGGUCGUCUUACAACUAGAUUUUACAUAUGUUGUUAUGCUAUUGGUCUUACAAUACUUAUUUUGUAUACUUCAUUUGAACAACGAACUGUAACAACAAAAUUUUAUAAUCCUUCAUUAUUUGUUGCUAAACAAUUACAAAGUAAACAAAUUGGUACAGUGGAUUGUCCAUGUAAACGAGCAUCUAUACCAUUGAAUGAAUUUAUUAAUAUUCAAACACGUUUUCAUCAAAUAUGUACAAGUACGUUUAUUAAAGAUGAAUGGCGUGAAUCUCUUCUAGUUGAUUUUGAGAAUUUGACCGACUUUUUACGUAUAAGUGAUUAUCGUCUUUUUCUCUCAGCACAUCUACAAUUUCUCUCUGGUCUAUGUUAUCAAGCAAUUAAACAUGUAAAUGAUACAUUACGUUCAUUUACAUCGAAUUUUCUUAGUACCAGUCGACUUCUUUCUCAAUCAUUGUUCGAUAAACAAUUAUCAAACUUAACAUAUCAAACUGAAGCACACAUACCUGCAUUGUUUGUUCGUGCAUUAGAAUCAGUUCAAGCAAUCAAUCAUGGCAAUGUACUUAUGACUGUUUAUGGAAGUAAUUAUAAAUUUGUCGCUCGAAAUACUCGUAAGGGUUCGUCAACAUUAUUAUAUACAUUACCAACAAUUUAUAAUGGAUCUGAAAAUUGCUCAUGUGAAUUACAAUCAAAAUGUCUUUCACAAGCAGCUUUUACUUGGCCUCAUUAUGUUAAAGUAAAAGGUCUUUUAGUUGGAUGUUUACCAAGUGAAUCAUUCUUAGCUUCGACACUCGAAUGUUUUUUUGAUAUUGAUUGUAUCAAUAUUAUUCGAAAUCAUAUGUCUGGUAAUAUUUAUCGAACUCGUGCAAAUCCUCUCAAUACGAGUUCUAUAAUUCAUUCACGAUAUCAGAUCAAUACAACGGUAAAUGAUUUAGUGAAAAACUUAUUUAUGGAACAAUGGUCAACAAAUAUAUCCUAUGACCGUUAUUUUUCACAGUGUGCACCAAAUAUUUGUACGUAUUCAUAUAUUGAUAAUGCAAAUCCAUUGCAUGUAGCAAGUACUUUGCUUGGUUUAUAUGGUGGAUUGACAGUAGUAUUAAGUUGGUGGUGUCCACAGUUCGUCGAACUUAUUCAUCGAAUUCAAACUCGUUAUAAAAACAAACGUCGCAUUGGUUCUAUAUCUAGCGUAUCGUAA